CUCCUCUUCCUCACCCUCCCUGCACUAAGGGCUAUAUGUUACAUUUUCAGCUCCUCUCUCUCCUCUCUUUUUUCUUCUUCUACGCAAGCGGACGUUCACGGCACAGCGACACAAGUGCGCACUCCAAGCGAGCAGCAGAGAAGGCGGACGGCGGCAGCAGCAGCGGCAGAAGCGACAGAAGCGGCGGCGGAGCGACGACGCGAGCGGCGUGUCUGCCUUUUGUGUGGGGAAAAAAAAACCGGCGGACUGGAUACUGGAUGUGUUUAUUCCGCGGGGAUUUCGGGAUCGGGAGGGCUAGGAUAACUUCACAUGGGACAAAACCCGCCUUCUUUAAUGCCAUACGGCGAUCUGUUUCGACCGGCGUGUUGACGCCAGAGGAGAACGGGGGAAAACGGAGGCAGCCGGAGGAGCGCAAUUGACAGAUAGGCGACAUGAAUAUACACGCGUUUCCGUGCACCACCAGCUGUACAGGAUAGAUGCAAUCAAGACGGCUUUUUUUAAAUGGGAUUCCGGGAGCUUGUGAUGCAGCAGCGUGGCUCGGCUCUAAACGGGGGGACGAGGAUCUAAAAAAGAUGCUCGUUUCAGGUUUCGCACCGUAGGGCAGCGUGUUAUUGACGAUCGUGGAAAUAAUGCAUCGAGUCCCAACUUUGUUCAAAGGCCUGACACGCUGCGAUCCCUUCUUUUUAUAGCAAAGAAAGUGCAUUUACGUUGUAACCUGGCGGAUGCUCCAGCAGUGAUCCUGUGAUUCUUGAAUUUCGGCAGACGCCAGUGCCAUUUAUCUGUCAGCACCCCCGAAAAUCCCUGCGCUGCUUUUUUUUUUUAAUCAUUUGCAUUUUUAGAUACGCGCAGCGUGUGGAUGUCAGUGGUUGCAGAUCGGGAGUUGUGUUGUCAAAUGAUUGGUAAAUUGUGCAUGUCGGCAGGCCCUAACCUUGGCUUAUGCCGAUCCAAUCGAUAGCGAGAUAAAGACAGCUCUGGCAGGCUGUUUGUGCUACUCUGCAAGUGUCACGGGGGUGUGUUUGAAGUCCCGCAUAUUCAGUUGUGUUUUCUCUUUACGCAAGCCUCCAGGCAGCAGAGCGGCGGCUGGAGAGCAGAGUGCAGCCUGUCAACACACUGUAAAGGAGACGACUAAAAGUUUCAAUGGUUUUCCGAAAGUUGCCCGGUGUGUCGGCAUCGGGCAUGGGUCUGCGCCUGUCCCAGAAAUUCGUCUUCCUGCUCUUCCUCUCGGGUUUGGUAACGCUCUGUUUCGGGGCCCUUUUCUUUUUGCCAGACUCGGUCCGGCUGAAGCGCAUUUUUCUCUCCAAGACCGAGAUCCAGCCGGUCACUGUGGGGUCCGAGAACGAUGUCAGGGAGCAUUUGAAGAGACCCAAGGAGCAGGGCAUGACCUCGGCCAAAGGAGAGACGGGCACCAAGGGGAAAAGCCUGAGCCGCAAACCGUCUCAUGAGGCGACCGAGGAGCGGCUCGCCGGGGGCAAAGCACAGGAGGAUCUGACUCUGUCCAGGUCGAAAACGGAGUCCGCGUCGGAGAGAGCGACCUCCUCCGACCGCGGUGCCAAGUCGGAUACUUUCAGUUACCAGAAGUUCAGAGGGUGUCUGCUCAAAGCCCCGCUGGGGAGAGACAACGGCAAGCCGGGCGACCCCCAGACCAACGAGCGCCGGGAGAAAGUGAAAGAGAUGAUGAAGUUUGCCUGGGACAACUACAAGCGCUACGCCUGGGGCAAGAAUGAGCUGCGGCCUUUGACGAGGAAUGGGCAUAUUGGCAACAUGUUUGGUGGCCUGAGAGGAGCCUCCAUCAUUGACUCACUGGACACGCUGUAUAUUAUGGGAUUGAUGGAAGAAUAUAAUGAUGCCAAGGAGUGGGUGCAGACCAGCCUGGAUCUGAACUCAAACGGCGAGGCAUCACUCUUCGAGGUGAACAUCCGUUACGUCGGCGGGUUGCUGUCGGCUUACUACCUGACAGGAGAGGAGCUGUUCAAGAAUAAAGCGAUGGAGCUGGGAGAGAAGCUACUCCCUGCCUUCAAUACGCCCACAGGAAUCCCCCGAGGUGUCAUCAACCUGGGGAGCAGUGGCACCAGUUGGAGCUGGGGCUGGGCCUCAGCCGGGAGCAGCAUCCUGGCUGAGUUUGGAACCCUUCACCUUGAAUUUGUGCAUCUGACCGAGCUGUCCAACAAUCCAAUCUACACAGAGAAGGUGAUGAACAUCAGGAAACUAUUAAACAAGAUUGAGAAACCCCACGGCCUGUACCCCAACUUCCUCAGUCCAGUCAGUGGCAACUGGGUCCAGCAUCAUGUUUCCAUCGGUGGCCUCGGGGACAGUUUCUACGAGUAUCUGAUCAAGUCCUAUCUGAUGUCAGACAAGACGGACGAUGAUGCAAAGAGGAUGUACUAUGGCGCGCUGGAGGCAAUUGAAGCCAACUUGGUACAGAAGUCUCCUGGUGGCCUCACCUACAUGGCUGAGUGGAGGGGAGGGAUUCUGGACCACAAGAUGGGACACUUGGCCUGCUUUUCCGGGGGCAUGAUCGGCAUCGGGGCUGAUGAUGGCGCACCGGAGAAGAGGCAGCACUACCUGGACCUCGCUGCAGAGAUCACACACACAUGCCACGAGAGCUACACUCGCUCAGCCACUAAACUGGGACCCGAAGCCUUCAGAUUUGAUGGUGGAGCUGAAGCCACAGCUACCAGACUGAGCGACAGAUAUUACAUCCUGCGACCAGAAGUCAUUGAGAGCUACAUGUACAUGUGGAGACUGACCCAUGAUCCCAAGUACAGAGAGUGGGGUUGGGAGGCUGUUGAGGCCCUGGAGCAGCAUUGCAGAGUGGAGUCUGGUUUCUCUGGGAUACGUGACGUUUACACCAUGACAGUCAGCCACGAUAACAUGCAGCAGAGCUUCUUCCUCUCAGAGACACUUAAGUAUCUGUACCUGCUGUUCUCUGAUGAUGACCUUCUCCCUCUGGAGGACUGGGUCUUUAACACAGAAGCUCACCCGCUGCCCAUCAUCCGCAAGAGCUGCCUGCAGGACGAAACAACACAGGAUAAGACGGUCUCCAAAUAAGACUGAACACCAUCCAUCAACUGAGACAGUGAUAGACACAUCUGCACACACAGAAUCACAACUAUUGCAAACACCAAUUCAGUGCAGGUCCAGAGUCUUUUCAGGAGCGUGUUAUGGACUCUCAAUUCCUUUCCAGUAAAGGAUGUUGUCGUUUUACGCUGUGAUUGUAUAUCCUUUCGCCGGGUUUACUUCCUGCUGGCACUUCUUUUUUGUGGACAAUCAAGACAAACAUGACUUUCAUGAAAAGAGCACCUUUUUCUUUCCUUCUUUCCUCUGUGAGGAAACCAGUAUAACUUGCAGACCCAAAUGUAUGGGAGGAGGGUUGAACUAUGGGCCAUAUUGUUAGAAAGAGAGAAACGUAUAGAAAACCACUUGAGUUUUGCUCCUUGAUUUUGUCGUUUCGUUAAUCUUGAGUGAUGAAUGAUUUCCUUAGAUCUUGUCAUUGCAUUUUAUCCUUUGUGAGUACACUCUUUGACCAAAGGUUUCUUUGCAUUUCUAUUUCCCUCUUUUAAAGUCAAGUGUUUUUGUUGAGAUUUGAUGGAAGGUAAAAAUUUAUAAGGACUGAAUAUUGAUAAAUGUACAGACAAACAUGAAAUGUGACUCUCAAAUCCACCUCUAAACUAAUGUUGAUGUCAUGUUUCUUACCGAAACAAGUUUGAAUGAUUUUUUUAAAGUUCGGAGGUGUCAGGAAAGCGGUUGUGUCUUAUGCAUCCAGGGACCAUUUAAAAAAAAAAAAUGAUGUUGGGUUGUGUUUCCACUGUAUGCUUGGUUUAUUUCUUCAACAGGACAGUGCUUUCUCAGUUUUCUCAGCCUUUCAGAUCAAAGUAACAAA